UGGAGGGAUGUGCUAUGGAAGAUUAGAGGUGAAUCGAGGAGGCAGCUGGGGGUCAGUGUGCUCUCAGUCUGUGGACUCCAGAGACGCGGACGUGGUCUGUAGAGAACUGGGCUGUGGAGUCUCCAGGGCUGUGCUGGGAGGAGCCUCUUCAGGACAGGGGACUGGGCCCGUCUGGGCAGAUGAGAUCCAGUGUCGGGGUGAUGAGGAGAAACUGGCCCACUGUCCAGUCCUGAAGAGAGAGCAGCACAACUGCACACAUGCAGAUGACGUCACCAUUGUCUGUUCUGGCUACACUGACUUCAGGCUGGCCAGCGGUCCUGACCGGUGCUCUGGCAGAGUGGAGAUGAAGUUGGGGGCUCAGUGGGGGACAGUCUGCGAUCAGGGCUGGGACCUCCGGGACGCCACAGUCCUCUGUCAGCAGCUGAACUGCGGCUAUGCUGAAGCAGUCCUGGGCCCGGCCAGAUUCGGA